AUGUUUCGUUCUGAUGCGGUAGAAUCGAGCGUGGAGUGCUCUUUAGAACCACUUCCUUCGUUGCACAUACCCAUCGAUUACCUGAAGGAGCCUUUAUUUUUCGAAUUGCAACUAGAAAAAGAGGAAGGUUCUAUGAGUGUAAAAUCCGCAGGUUCUACAGAAAUGGGUGUGCAAAACUCUCGUUUCUAUCAGUACUCAGUCAAAAAUAAUUAUCACGCUAACUUGCUCAGCACACCAAACGCGCUUCGCCGUUUUCCGGCCACAACAGGGAGGGAAAAAAUGUGCGCUUCUGAACCCGUUUCUGCGCCGCACACUUCGAAAAAGGCUCGGCCCCAUGAUUAUUUAGAAACGAGAUCCUUUGUGUUGCGCCGCGAGGCGAUGCUGAGGCGAGAACGAGAGAGAAUGGAAGAGCUUCAGCGACAGUAUGAUAUUACAGAGGAUGUACCAACUCCUAUUGUUUUAGACUUGGACCCGCAAAUGCUACAACCUACCAAGGCAACGCGCCUGCGUACCGAAUUUAUCGCUAGGCGACUCAAACAAAGGGAAAUGGCAGAUAAUAGUACUUACCACCGUAAGGGUCGUGAUACUUACACUACUGGGAAGUGUUCAAGCACGCAGAAUGAGGGACCAGUCCAGGCACCCGUAGAGCGUCUAACACGGUCAGCCAAGCUCUUUAAAGAGCACACGUCGCGGCGCAUUCGGGAACUGGAGCUGGAAAGAAUUCGCAAAGCUCAAGAAGAGGAAGGAAUCAUCGAAAAGCCAGUGCACAUUGCACACCCUUCAACUUGCUGUGGUUCCCAAUCCAGGACUGCCGAGAAGCGUCCCUUAGAGAAUUGCUUCAACCGAGCAACUCGAUUGCUACAUCAACGUAUCGCUGAGAGACAAGAGGAGAUACAAAAAGAGAGGGACAAGGAACAAGCGGCUCGUGACGCUAUACUGAGACCCCCUCGGAAGACUUUCGACUAUAAACUUCGAUUCCAGAAAGGCUAUGAUAGAAACAGUCCCGUUCGCCAACACAAAUGUCAGCAUGUUCAAGAGAAAUUAAAUCCGGAGCUGCCUCGAACUAGUGCACAGAUGCCGUCUGAUGGUCCGUCAUAUUCUUCAGUCGAGUUGGGUGUUGAGUUUCCAGUCAAACGUGUAGGCUAUCGUCAUUAUGAUCAGAAAGAGCCUACUAAAAGCGCAGACAUAUCUCCCAGAAUAGAGCAAGAACGUUUUUCGAGGACCUCCUGUCUAUUCACGGUUCCCCAAGAACCUUCGACUAAGCCGAGUUGCCUAUCGGCCUCUAAUACUGAGCGGCGGGAAGUGGCGUGCCAAAAGGAUGGCACCCCAGAUUUCCCGUCCAGUACAUGCAUCGUUGGUAAGGAAGCUAAGUGGCACCACAAUGCCUGGAAAGUGAACGCGUCCGAUCAUCAUCUCACUAAUAGGUCAUCUAGGGGUAGUGGCAUUACUAUGCCUAAUGGCGAUGUGAAUUUCAACAAAGCUCUUAUUGAUACUUCAAAUGCACCCGAUCAUGCUUUGCAGUCUCUUGACUCUUCUAAUAGGCUGAUGAUAUCGAACAUCAAUGGGGAUACACCGAAUUUGCAAAAGCACUUGAAAUCCGAUACUGACUUCUUUCGGAAGAAUGCUGGCUUUGAUUUAGAUCCACAUGCUUUGGGGCUUGGAGAAGAAGUGUCCUCUAAAGACAUGUGUGAUUCUACCAGAGAGGACACUCCGUCAUGUGUAGCGUAUUCCAAGCGCCAGGUGGAGACUCUUGGACAUCAAAGGAAAGUCACGGGACCUAGUCCUCUAGAAGUGUCCCGAUCCCAUUCUCGCUUUGUUCACUCUAUCAUCGAUACGAUAUCGUGUAAACCUUCCUUGAAGGUGGCCUCAUUGUCGCAGAGGAGCUCGAGUGGUGCCCAGACCCGCUGUUCCUCUCUCAUGGCGCUGAUUUCCCCGCGGUCUUAUGCGGUAUGCCAUUCAAUGUGCUCCGACACUCUUACCCGGUAUCGGACACUUUAUUUCGUCGUUAUGCAAAGGCUACGGCGUAGGUUCUAUAUGCUAUGGAAGCAAUGGAUAUUUGAGCUAAAUCCAGGGGGUUGUCCCAUCAGUUCUGCUACCAAGAAGUGGACUCUGAUGGAAAUGUCAUUUCCUACUUCUGUCCCCGGCAAGCGUCAGGAACAGGUUUCUUCAGGAAUAGUAGAUGAAACGUCACACACAUGUUGUGAUUUUACGUCAAACCGGAGCGAGUCUCUACCCCGAGGUGCACCAGGUAACCAAGGCCCUUCUGCUGAAGGGGAAUCUCCACGGAUCAGAGUCAGUAUAUCCCGUCCACCAGCGUUACUUGAAGAUGGGUCUGCCACGUCUAAGUUAGCACCGAAUGCUGGGGAUGAGAUAGCUCUAGUAUCUGUUGAAAUUUCCCUCGACUCUCCUUAUGCUGUCACUCUACAAGGAGUUGCGCCGACUCGGUCCUGUCUAGGCCAACAAGGUUCUCUACAUUCCAAAAGGGAUUUGCAGACAUCCUUUCGUACUGGCGAAACAUGUACCAUAGACAGUGGUAAGCUGAAUGUGGGCGAGGUACCUUCAGAAGUACCACAAGAGAAAGAUACAGCAAGCAUAGAUAGCAUGGAAUGUGCUUCGGGUUGUGACACAGUGCGUGAGAAAGCUUCGCUGAGGCAAAUGGAGGAUGGGCCGCCUCCAGCUUUUUCGGUUGGCAAGUGUGUAGAAACUCAAAAGUGUGAGAAAUUGAGUUCGUGCUCUGACCAAGAGUUGCGUGACAUUUUGGCUCUCUGCUCAGCCGAUGUGUCUUUAAACCUGGAUAGUCCUCCAAGCUUAAGUAGGCCUUCACCUCACGCUCCAACUCCAUGGUGCUUAUCACCUGCUUUGCUGUCUCCAUCAGAAGCGCCACAGCAGCACCUUUCAUUGGGGUGCGUGUUCUCAGAAUUUAAGAUGAAUCAACAUAUGUCGUCACAACAAGAUUCUUUACAAGGAGGAGCUAUAGAGGGGGCGGGUAAUGUUUGUGAUGGGGUACACGACAGCUCCGGGCAGCGCUCUUUUUUAACUGAAGGUGAGAAAGUAGACACAGCACAAAGUGUAGCCUUUCAACCCACUGAAAAAGAUCGGGCCAGCAUCGAGGGGGGUGAAUAUCACUCCAGUAUGCUGAAUCAAUCGAAUAUAGACAACACUAUGUUCAGCGUGUCUAGUAUAUUUCCAGACCCCUCUGUAUAG